UAAAACCUGUCCCGGUAUGUGUUUGUUGACUAUUAAUGAUGGCCAUGAUUCAUUUAAUUCAUAACUCAAUGACUAGUUUUUAUGUUCGUGUUACAUAUCUAGUUUCUUUUAUAGAAGUCACUUAAAUAUCGUUAUAACAAUGUUUUAUUCUAGUGUUUUGAAUAUUUUUUUAGGCAUUAGUUAGAGUUUGUGAAUUUUACAUAACAUGGAUAACGAGUAUGAUCGAUUAAUAAAUGAUGAAAAUCCAUUUAUUGAGGAAGACGAGUCUUUAUCAACCAAUCAGAAAGUAUGCUAUGGACUUGGCCAUGUGUUCAACGAUAUAACAGCAACUAUUUGGUUUUCAUAUACUUUAGUAUUCUUUCAAAAGGUUGUUGGAAUGUCUUCAACUAUGGCUGGAUUUUUUUUAUUUUUCGGUCAGAUCAUUGAUGCCAUAUCAACACCAGUAAUUGGAUUAUUUGUUGACAAAUAUAAAAACAAAAAAAAAUUGAUUAUAUUGGGAUGCAUGAUGGAAAUGAUUAGUUUUCCAAUAUUAUAUUACAAUUGGAAUUUAUCUUUACUAUGGAAAGCUCUGAUUUAUAUUUGUAUAAUUUUUUUUUUUCAAAUAUCAUGGGCAUUAAUUCAGAUUUCUCAUUUAUCCUUGAUACCAGAAAUAACUAGGUUGUCUCAAGAACGAGGAAAAUUGACUUCUAUCAGAUAUUUAUGUACAGUAUCCACAAAUAUUUUAAUGUUUUUAACUGCUUGGGUUAUAUUCAAAGGUGUGAAGAGUACCAGUAACAAUUGGGGUAGCUUAAUUGAACCAAAAGAUUCAUUUAGAUUUCAAAUUUUAGCAUUGAUUGCCACAGUUACUGGAGUAAUUACUUCAUUGUUUUUCUAUGUACUACUAAAAAUUCCUACUACAUAUCAUUUGGAUAAAACUAUUCUGUAUAGAGAUAAAUCAAAAUUAAAUUAUUCAAAAAUUAUUAAAUUUUGUAAAAGUCCUCAAUUGUAUCAAGUUGCUAUUGUUUUCACAUCAUGUAAAUUACUUAUUAAUAUGGCAUUAGUAUACUUACCUCUUUUUAUUAAUGAAUCAGCAAUCAAUGAAUCCGGAAGUAUAGCUAGUAUACCAUUAGUAUCAUACAUAUCUUCCAUGGUAGCAACAAUUAGUAUUGAUCAUAUUAAAGCAUUCACUAAAAAUGAUAAAAUUGUUUUUACAAUGGGCUGUUUACUAUCAGUUUGUGGUUCGUUUCUUGUUUUUUUCAAUCCUAAUAAUGAGUUCACAUUUUACUAUUUGUGCUUGGCUUCUGUGUGUUUUGGUUCUGGAAAUGCUAUAACUUCAGUUUUGAGUCUUUGUGUCACAGCAAACCUAGUUGGUAAAGACACAGAUUGCGGUGCUUUCAUAUAUAGUUCUGUUACAUUUUCUGACAAAUUUAUAAAUGGUAUUGCAAUUGUUGGGAUUGAGUUUUUGAAAUGUUCAGAUUUUACACAAUGCACUCAUUAUUACAGAGAUGUUUUAGCUUUUAGCAGUGGUUCUCUUGCCAUAAUAGGAUUAUUAGUGUUUUGGACUUUACCAAAAAUACUUAUUAAAUGUUCGAAAUAAACAACUAUUUUAUAAAUAUUAAACUAGUGUUUUAGUCCUAAAAAAGUUUGUAUGUACAUGGAUGCCUAAAUGAGAGCACCACCCCCUACUUCCUUUAACUAAAGCUGCAACAAGAAAUUUUUCGAGGGGUUAGGCAACGUUCACCUAAAUUAUGUUCAAAUAUCCUAGUUUGACUAAAUAUAGCGUCACUGCAGUAGCAUAAUGAAGGUUUUAUCCUGGGAACAUAUACAUUAAAAAAAUAUUCACUCCUUUCACACACAAUCCUUUCCAUUGAAAACAUUUUGUACCUUCACCAUGUAGAUAUUUAUAUUAUAGGGAGACAUGAAACCUGAGAACUGUACAACUGCCCUCUUAUUUAUAAAAAAUCUGGACGUACUAUUGUUGUAAAUUUCGAACGAGGAACGAGACACGGAUGAUUGAGUAUCAGGCUUGGUUGGGACAUUUUUAAA